ACGGUCUGUAUUUGGGAUGUGCAGUCUGAGAAGCUCGUCCAUCCACCACUCCAGGGACAUACGGCCGGGGUCCGUUCCGUGGCUUUCUCGCCUGACUCUAACUGGGUGGUCUCAGGUUCAGAUGAUGGAAUGAUUUGCUUAUGGGAUACCACAACGGGAACACUCGUGCACGAGCCAUUGCGCGGCCGUCCAUACGGUAUAUCCUAUGUUGCAUUCUCGCAGGAUGGAAAAUGGAUUGCUUCGGGCGGCGAGACCGUGAAGCUGUGGGAUGCCAACUCCGGCCAGCCUAUCGGGUCCCCUCUUCGGGGCCGCACUAGCAGUGUCACAGCGUUGGCGAUCUCCCCGGACAGCAAGUUCGUUGUAUCCGGUUCUGGAGACGGUGUCAUUCAUCUCUGGGACACGGUAGAACAGGCCCUCUGCACGACUUUCCAUGGUCACUCUGACGAGGUGAAUUCUGUAGCGUUCUCGGGAGACGGCCAGUACAUCGUCUCCGGAUCAUACGACAGGACUGUGCGCGUGUGGAAUGCUUCAACCCGACGCACUGAGAAGGACAUUGUCAGAAGAUUCGCUGGCCUGGGCGACAGUAUGGCUGUUUCGCUGGAUGGGGAGCGUAUUGUCACUUGGCACAACGACGACAUUCGCGUGUGGGAUGUCUCGACGGGAAUGAUUGUUCGAGGGCAGCACUGGCCGGAACACACAGCCUACGUACUCUACGUUGCGUUCUUACCCGAUGGACUGCACGUCUUGUCGUGGUCGGAUGAUGGCAACGUUCGCGUGUGGGAAGUCUCCACCGGUCACGUUCGCGUGUGGGAAGUCUCCACCGGUCAACAGAUUCGCCAGUUCCAAAAAGUUCUGAUUUUUCAACGCCGUUGGCCAAACCUUGCAGCAAUCUCUCCGGACGGGAAGUAUAUCGCAUUGUCACGCUCAGAAGAGACUAUACACAUAUGGGACAUCUCCACCGGGGAGCGUUCACAGGAACCUCUCGAAGGUCACACUGAUGAGGUCACAUCCCUUGCCUUCUCUCCAGACGGGAAGCACAUCGCAUCGGGAGGUAUGGACCACACCAUACGUCUAUGGGACGUCGAGACAGGUCAGACUGCAUGCGCGCCAUUGGAGGGGCACACCGAUUCGGUAGAAUCCGUUGCCUUUUCGCCCGAUGGCGCUUAUCUCGUGUCCAGUGACCGCGCUGGCGUCAUUCGGAUCUGGGACUGUGCCACGGGACAGACGAUCUGCGGUCCUUGGCGUGGCGAUGACGAUUGCGUUCGCUCCGUCGUUUUCUCGCCGAACGGACGCUGCGUGGCCUCGGGCGGAGAGGAUGGUACAGUUCGCGUUUGGGAUGCGGUCACCGGGGAGGCGAUUCGCGAGCCGUUUCGGGGUCACACAAGUUGGGUCCGAACGGUGGCAUUUUCACCAGAUGGCAAAUGCAUCAUAUCACGCGGCAACGACGACACGAUCCGGUUCUGGGAUGCCUCGACGGGGCAGGCUGACGAUGUCGAGGGACCACGGGGUGCGUCACCUCAACGUUUCACUUGA